AUGUCAGGAGACUCAGAGCGUGUGGAGGAGCACGUCUCCUCCGCAGAGGUGACUGAUCACAAAGAGAAGAGUGAUAUCAAGGACAAAUCUGCAUGGAAGGAGCCUUCCAUCAAAGAGGUUCCUCUACCGGUCUACACAGAUAAUGAAGCUCUUUCGGUGGAGAAGAUUGGCCCCCUCGAGAAUGCCGAGGAGAUCGUGACCCAUGUCAUCCAUGUGGACGACGAUCCUUCCCUCAGUCCCUGGACAUUCCGCAUGUUCUUCAUCGGCAUUGGGCUUUCGGCCUUUGGUGCUGUUCUCCAGGAGAUCAUGUACUUUAAGCCUCAGGUCGUCUAUGUCUCUGUCAUGUUCCUGACAGUCCUGUCGCAGGCCAUGGGUACUGCAAUGGCCGCUUUUCUCCCGAGAAGCGGUGCGAUUGGCCGUUUCCUGAAUCCGUUUCCGUGGAAUCGCAAAGAGCACACGGCAGCGGUCUUGAUGGCGUCAGCUGCGUCUGUCUCUGCGUUGUCCACCGAAGCGUUGUCGGUUCAGAAGCUGUGGUAUGGCGGAUAUCCUAACCAGGUUGCUGGCAUCUUCAUCACCCUGUCCUCCCAGCUCAUCGGCUAUGGUGUCGCAGGCAUGAUGCGAGGCGUCCUGGUAUACCCGACAGCGAUGCUGUGGCCCUCAAAUCUGCCAAUCACGUCAGUGAUGGAGACAUUGCACAAGCCCAGGUCGGAGACCCGAAAGCGAUUCAAAGUCUUUUGGAUUGUCUUUGCGGCCAUUUUCUGCUGGGAAUGGUUCCCCGAGUACAUCUUCCCUCUCCUGUCCGCUGUCUCAAUCUUCUGCCUGGCGGAUCAAAAUAAUGCCGUUUUCACCAACCUGUUUGGGGGCUCCCAGGGUAACGAGGGGAUGGGAUUCCUUUCUGUCUGCCUAGACUGGAACUACAUCGCUGGAUUCGGAUCGCCAUUGUGGAUGCCCCUUCAAACUCUGACCAACAGCUUCAUCGGCUAUCUUGGUUGCAUUAUCCUCUCCAUGGCUCUCUAUUACAGUAAUAUUUGGAGAGCACAAGAUUUCCCCUUCAUGUCUCAACUCCUCUAUGACGGUAGCUCCAACUCGACCAAUUACGUCGCCUACAACGAGACGGCGAUUAUGAACCCGGAUUUCACGGUCAACAACACCAUGGUCGACCAGCAGGGCACGCCGUAUCUGACCGCAACCUACGUUAACUAUCUCAUCGUUUCCAACGCGGGCAUGACUGCCACCAUCGUACACUUGUUGCUUUGGAACUACAACGAGGUCAAGCAGGGAUGGGCCUGGAUGACCAAGGAUAACAUGAAGAGUCUACUCAAGCCCUGGAAAUACAAGUUCUGGCAACAGACUGGGCAGCGAACCGAGGAGGAAAAGGAGAGACUCCGUCAAGAUCCUUCGAUUGAUCCCCAUUACAAGCUGAUGCUUGACUACAACGAGGUCCCCAGUUCCUGGUACUUUUGUAUCUUUGCAUUGAGCUGGAUUGUUGCACUUGUCUGUUUAUAUGUCAUGAAGUCCACGCUACCAUGGUGGGGCUUUGUCAUUGCGACUCUCUUCUUGUUUGUUUUCAUGGUCUUCUUUGGAGCGCUCAACGGCAUCACUGGAUUCGGGUACAAUUUGCAGUCCAUUUUCCAGAUGCUGGCUGGGUAUAUGUUCCCUGGCCGUCCUCUUGCAAAUAUGUACUUCACCACCUAUACCUACAACGGUCUCUCACAGGGCUUUUUGCUUGCGCGAGAUUUGAAGCUUGCUCAACAGAACAAGCUGUCGCCCAAGGCCACUUUCACAACCCAGGUUAUUGGCUGCGUUAUGGGCGCGCUUCUCAACUACGUGAUGAUGAUCAGUAUUGUGCAAAACCAAGCCCCAAUUCUCGAGUCCGCCGAAGGUACCAACGUCUGGUCCGGUGCUCAGAUCCAACAAUUCAACACCCUCGCCAUUGCAUGGUCCAUCGCCCCCAGGAUGUUCUCCUUUGGCGCCAUCUACCAAUGGGUGACCGCCGCCUUCUUGCUCGGUUUCCUCCUUCCGAUUCCCUUCUACAUCAUGCACCGUUUCUUCCCCCACCAGAGAAUCUGGUCCUACUUCAACACCGCCAUCAUCGUCUGGUACUGUGGUGAGCUUUUCGUCGGUCUAAACGCCUCCAUCACCAGUUACUACAUCAUCGGCUACUUUGGCCAAUUCUACCUGCGUCGUUACCGACCUCAAUGGUUCGUCAAAUGGAACUACCUCAUAUCCGCGGCGCUGGACGGUGGUACCCAGGUCAUGGUCUUCCUCGCUACGUUUGCGGUCUUUGGAGGCUCCGGAAAAGCAGUCCCGUUCCCGACAUGGACUGGAAACCUGGCAAACAACUUUGAUCGAUGCAAGUAUAACGCUAAUGGUUAA